GGGGGUCUGGAGCAUCCUGUAAGGGGCAUGAAGGGUCUCUCCAUUUGUGCCAUGGCAUAGAUGGAGCCGGUUUUGGGCAGCCUGUACGGACCCAGGUUUUUGACAGGUGAGGUCGGGGGGUCCGUCACCCACCAGUGCUUCUACUCCAUCACACCCGCCAACAAACACGACCGGAAAUUUUGGUGCAAAAUAGCAGAGAACGGAGUUUGCUACACCAUCGUCUCCUCGACCGACCCCGCCUCCCGGGAGUACGAGGGGCGGCUGUCCCUGCGGGACGUCCCCCAGAACGGCACCUUCGCGGUGACAAUGACAGGGCUGAAGGGCAGCGACACGGGGAGGUACCGAUGUGGCAUCGGCCCCACCAGGGGGGGCCUCUACGUCAGCCUGAACCUGACGGUUUCGGCAGAUGCCAGCGUGUCGAGGCCCAUCCAGGUCGUCCAAGGGAAGCUCCAUGGCUCUGUCACAGUCCUGUGCCCCUCUGGGGACACCCGAAGUGGUGGGAGGAGGUUCUGGUGCAAAGUGGGAAGAACCAGCUGCACUCUCCUAGCCGACUCCGAUGGCUACGUGGGAAGGAGAUACCACGGGCGCAUCUUCAUCACCCCCCGGGGGAGCUCUGGAGCUUUCAAAGUCUUGAUAAAUGACUUAAUAAAGGAAGACUCGGGGCUGUACAGGUGUGGGGUGGAAGGGCUGAACGGUUUGGACAGCCCACAGGAGGUGGCUCUGCAGGUGACCACAGCCUCCGCUCUUCCCAGGAGACCCAAGUUUCUCAGCGGCACAGUCGGAGGCUCCCUGUCCUUCCAGUGCCACUAUGACCCCAAGGGGAGCUACGAGAGGAAGUAUUUGUGCAGGUGGGAGGAAGGGAGCUGCUCUCUGCUCCUGGACACCGCUGGGUUUGUGCACGAGUCCUACAGAGGGAGAGUACAAACAACCAGCAGCGACCCCGAGCACGGGACGUUCACGGUGGUGAUGAGCCAGCUGAGAGAGGAGGACUCAGGAUGGUACUGGUGCAGGGCUGCCAGUGGGCACACGGAGCACACGUCCUCUGUGAAGCUGCACAUCCACAGGGAACUCUGCUCUUCACAAGACCCAGAAACAACCACUCCUGUCAAGUCCACUUCAUCAAGCCCGGCUGCCUCCAGAACACCCACACAGAGGAGCAUCAGGGGCCGGGUGAACACGAUGGGCACUGUCACCAAGAGCACCACAACAGGCACUGUCACCAAGAGCACCACAACAGGCACUGUCACCAGGACAACCAGGACCCUGCUGCCCACUGCCACCCCUGGCACCUCUGGAGCCUCCCCAGGUGAAAGCUAUCACGAGAGCCCUGCUGAAAGCAAGGUCGGGUUUUUGUGUGUAGAAGAUUUAUGGCACCUCGAGUGCUCGGAAAUCCUGAGGAGGAGAAAGAAGCACCACUGGAAGCCUGGAGGCAGCGACGGCUCAGGCUGGUCCGAGUCCUGUAAAAGAGCAAACAGUGGAGGAAACCUCAAGUCCAGGAAAAGUGCAGGAAUGCAAGAUGGACUCUGGCAAAUGAAAAUCUAUGCUAUCCUUGGAAGAUUCAGGAUCACCAACUUAUAUCUGCCCUACGGGGGAAAAAUGCUUUUCAAGGUGACUGAUGAAGAAUUGAUCCAGAACCUUCUGUGAAAGCCCCCGCGCACACGAGCUGGGAAUUUUCCCUAUGGAAAACCAAGGCUCUGAACUGCCAGGCACCCAGAACCCCUCUUUGCUCCCUGCCCUGCUCAGAACCCAAAUGCCCUUUGUUGAGAGCUGAGUCCCAAAUGGCACUUGCUACGUGUUUUGCAGAACAGAGAAUAAAACAAAGCACCUCUA